AUGGACCUUCAGACACAACUCAAGGUAAGGGUAAUUCCACCAAAUAUAGAUUUUGCUUGAACUAUCCCUUUGAACAGGCUUUCCAAACUUGGGUCUGUUGUAGACUCACUUCCUCUCUGCUUUCAUCAUGUCAAAAUAAAAGAGCCCCCAUAAGUUCUUCUUCUUCUUCUUCUUCUUCUUCUUCUUCUUCUUCUUCUUCUUCUUCUUCUUCUUCUUCUUCUUCUUCUUCUUCUUCUUCUUCUUCUUCUGUGGGGUUUAACGGCAGUUGGCAUCCAAUAUUUUGCAUUACCACCCCCAACUGGACUAUAGUAUAAAUCCAUUAUACAUUAUGUACCAAAAAUGUAAUACAAUUUAAAAAACACCCUUCCAACUAACCCAACACUCAUUAAAAGCCCACUACCCCAUUCCACUACGUUGACCCUAUCUGCUCCUGCACCAUGCCAACGGCCUGGGAGGAUGGGACACCACCCCUCAACACACCCUGUAACUUCUGAAGUCAAAUCACGUACACCAAAGUACUUCUCUGCAGCUGCCACCGCAACAUCUAAUUUCUGUGAUUUACGUUCCAUUUUUGCAGCACAGCUGACAACCAUACCUAUGAACGCUAAGAAGACAACAUUACUGAAGCAUAUAUCACUCGAUGGCCUGUCCCUCUAUUCUGGCACAGAUCUACUAUUCACAGGGAUCCUCUUAGAAUCCCUCACCCUGGAUCCACCCUCCUCUACUUUCUUCACUGCCUCAGCAUACGACACCUUCUGCACUACUCUGACUCUGGCCACCUCAACAUGCCUCUCUCGCACCGGACAUUUCCGAUCCCCAGCAACAUGGGCAACCCUACAGUUGACACACAACUUUUUCCACCAAAACUACACAAUUCUCUUUCCCAUGCCCUCCUGCACACUUCCUACAUCUUGGAAUCAACCUCCUGCACACUGCUGCGAUGCGACCAUAAACGUGGCACCUGAAACACUGCAGUGGGUUUGGCACAAAAGCUCUAAAAGGAUAACUUAUAUGUCCUGUCAUGACGGGUAAAAACUCAGUUUCAAAACUCAAAAGGAUGGACUGUGACACCUCUGUUUCACCACGCUCCCCACCGAGUCUGCAUCGCAGCCCCCACAAGUUAUUGCCUGUUUGCACAGAUAUGGCGCACGUGCGCCAUAAGCAGAGACGAAGUGGGUCUACAGUCCAAUAGUAGACCCACGUUUGGAAAGUUUGUGUAAUAAUACAUUCCUUUGGAUAUUUUGUCUUAAAUUCCUCCCUUUAUGAGAACCAAUCCCAUAGACAAUUGGUAGAGUUAGUUCAAAUAUAAUUGUGUUCAACAUUUGUGACAGACAAAGGACGUUUAGGUUUUCGUUUACAGUAGAAGUCGUAAGUUUGCAUACACCUUAGCCAAAUACAUUUAAACUCGGUUUUUCACAAUUCCUGACAUUUAGUCAGGAGUCAAGUACAAAUUCCCUGUCUUAGGUCAGUUAGGAUCACCACUUUAUUUUAAGAAUGUGAAAUGUCAGAUUAAUAGUAGAGAGAAUUAUUUAUUUCAGCUUCUAUUUCUUUCAUCACAUUCCCAGUGGAUCAGAAGUUUACACACACUCAAUUAGUAUUUGGUAGUAAAGCAUAUAAAUUGUUUAACUUGGGUCAAAUGUUUCGGGGUAGCCUUCCACAAGCUUCCCACAAUAAGUUGGGUGAACUUUGGCCCAUUCCUCCUGACAGAGCUGGUGUAACUGAGUCAGGUUUGUAGACCUCCUUGCUCGCACACGCUUUUUCAGUUCUGCACACACAUUUUCUAUAGGAUUGAGGUCAGGGCUUGACUUUGUUGUCCUUAAGCCAUUUUGCCACAACUUUGGAAGUAUUUUUUAUUUUUUUAUUUAUCCAGGUAAGCCAGUUGAGAACAAGUUCUCAUUUACAACUGCGACCAAGUAUGCUUGGGGUCAUUGUCCAUUUGGAAGACCCAUUUGCGACCAAGCUUUAACUUCCUGACUGAUGUCUUGAGAUGUUGCUUCAAUAUACCCACAUCAUUUUCCUUCCUCAUGAUGUCAUCUAUUUUGUGAAGUGCACCAGUCCCUCCUGCAGCAAAGCACCCCCACAGCAUGAUGCUGCCACCCCCGUGCUUCACGGUUGGGAUGGUGUUCUUCGGCUUGCAAGCUACCCCCUUUUGCCUCCAAACAUAACGAUGGUCAUUAUGGCCAAACAUUUCUAUUUUUGUUUCAUCAGACAAGAGGACAUUUCUCCAAAAAGUAAGAUUUUUAUCCCCAUGUGCAGUUGCAAACCGUAGUCUGGGUUUUUUAUGGCAGUUUUGGAGCAGUGGCUUCUUCCUUGCUGAGCGGCCUUUCAGGUUAUGUCGAUAUAGGACUCGUUUUACUGUGGAUAUAGAUACUUUUGUACCUGUUUCCUCCAGCAUCUUCACAAGGUCCUUUGCUGUUGUUCUGGGAUUGAUUUGCACUUUUCCUUCAGGCAUUUGGAAAUUGCUCCCAAGGAUGAACCAGACUUGUGGAGGUCUACAAUUUUUUAUGAGGUCUUGGCUGAUUUCAUUUAAUUUUCCCAUGAUGUCAAGCAAAGAGGCACUUUGAAGGUAGGCCUUGAAAUACAUCUACAGGUACACCUCCAAUUGACUCAAACAAUGUCAAUUAGCCUAUCCGAAGCUUCUAAAGCGGUGACAUCAUUUUCUGGAAUUUUCCAAGCUGUUUAAAGGCACAGUCAACUUUGUGUAUGUAAGCUUCUGACCCACUGGAAUUGUGAUACAGUGAAUUGUAAGUGAAAUAAUCUGUCUGUAAACAAUUGUUGGAAAAGUUACUUGUGUCAUGCACAAAGUAGAUGGCCUAACCGACUUGCCAAAACUAUAGUUUGUUAACAAGAAAUUUGUGGAUUGGUUGAAAAACAAGUUUUAAUGUCUCCAACCUAAGUGUUUGUAAACUUCCGACUUCAACUGUAUGUAAUAAUGCGUGGCCCUACUGUUCAGUGAUUGGAUAGCAUGGUCACGUCGGGACAACGAUAGCCCAUGCAUUUGUUUUAUGUUUUUACUGGUUGCCUAAUUCUCCAUGCUGAUCACCUACUAAAUAAGUCUAGACAAACAAAAUAAAUACACCAAACUGUGUGUGUUCUUUACACAAUUACAAAGCAUAAUGUUCGAAAGAACUAUCAAUAGCAAGGCUAGCAAAAUAAAUAAAAUAAUAGUUCAUCGUCACACCAGGCUCACUCAGUAAAUGUACCCAGUUUCUAUUCAGUAGUUGUGUUUCGAGAUUAUUUAAUAAUUGUACUCCAAAUGCAGUGUGUGUCGAAUGCAGUAAUUGCUAAUAUAGAUGAAUUACUAAGUACGUAAUUAAACAGUCACUCAAAUGGAUUGUCUAUUUUCAUUAUUAGCUGUCACAUCUGCUCCUGCAACGCCCUCUACUGCUCAUCCUGUGUUUCCUUGACCUGCCGCCACUCCCCCAGUACUCUCUCCCUCUCCCUCUCUCUCUCUGUGUGUGUGUGUGUGUGUGUGAUUGUGUAGGCGGAGACAGGUGUGCUGGAGUCAGAGCAGAUUCCCACCAGCUGCAACCUUUUCCAUAAUCAAGACCUCUACAAAUACUCAGUCCUGCCACUUCCACACUGCCGGAUCGUAAUCUCUGCUCAGUCAGUCUACGGUUCUAGCCAUUUGUUACUAUUCAGAUCCUGUUAUCCUGUUGUGCCUGUUUUCCUUGCCUGACGCUGUUUUCCUCUCCGCUACAGUUCUGCCGCUCCGACUCUGGUCCCUGUCUCCAGUCCCACGCCUCGUCAUCCUGCUACUCUGUCCUGGAUUCCCCACUGUACUACUCCCUUGGAUUCCCCUCCGGACCUGCUCACCUUGUCACAACCCCCCUUGCUCCAGCCUCAGCCUCCACACCUGGUUUCCAGCAGUUUCCCCUGACCUGCACUCCAUCUUCCCCCUGUAUUUCAAUAAAUACCUUGGUUACUUCAUCCCAGUCUCCUAGUCUGAGUCUGCUCUUUGGUUCCAAUUGUUCCACUCUGUGUAACAGUACGAUCUGGCCAAAGAGAUGAACCCAGCAUACUCUGCUACUCUCCACCAAACCCUCGUCAGCCAAGGCGCCCUGCUCGAGCAACAUGACCAAGUCCUGAAGACCCUUCUGGAGCACAUCAAGGAAUUUUCACAGAGCCUGUCUGACUUACAGGGCCGGCCCUUCACCCAGAGCUCACAACCAGUUCCAAGUCCUUCUUCCCCGCUCCAGGAGCCGUUUGUUCCGAUUCCCAAGCGUUCCGAUGGCAACCUCGGAGCUUGCAGAGCCUUUUUGGUACAAUGUUCACUAGUAUUUGAGCAACAGCCCUACUCUUAUGCUAGCGAACGGGCCAAGAUUUCCUUUCUGAUUGGCUGCCUCCAUGGAGCAGCGCUUUCCUGGGCCACGGCGGUGUGGGAGAGGCAGUCCCACAUCUUCUUCUCCUACUCCAGAUUCACGGAGGAGAUGAAGAAAGUAUUCGACCACCCAGUCUGCCAUAAGGAUGUGGCUAAACAACUCCUGUCCCUCCGUCAAGGCCCCCAUAGUUUUGCUGAGAUGGCAUAUGAGUUCCGCACCCUCGCCGCUGAGAGUGGCUGGAAUGAGGAGGCCCUUCAGGGAGUGUUCCGGAACGCACUCACUGAGACCCUCAAAGACGAGUUGGUGUCCAGGGAUGAGCCUGAUAGACUUGAUGAACUCAUCUCUCUCGCUAUCCGCAUCGACAACCGUCUCCGUUAGCGUCGGAGGGAGAGGGUAGGUAGGGUUGCAUGUCCCAUAACAUCGGCUUCAGUGCCUUGUCCUCCUUCUCCGACUGCAUCCCAUCCCCAGGCUCGUCGUGAUCCUGAACCCAUGCAGCUCGGCCGGGGCCGUCUCUCUCCUGAGGAGAGGCAACGAUGAAUCGGUGCUUGGAGCUGCCUAUACUGUGGCCAGGUUGGUCACUUUGUCUCCACUUGUUCCCUGCGUUCAGCAAAAGAGGGGACUUGGCAGUAGCGUGGGAUAUACUGUUGAGCCAAAUUGCCUACCCAUCUUCCCCCAGACCCCUGCUUGAAGGCAACCUUGUGUGCUAGAGCCAGGCUUUUCCUCUGUCUGCUCUCAUCAAUUAGGGUGCCGACGAAAUCUUCCUGGACCAAGGUGCCAUUACCCAGUUGGCCAUGGACACUGUCCCACUCGAUUCACCCCUCGACGCCAACGCUCUCAAUGGACAGCUUCUCACCCGUGUCUGUGAGAGAACCGUCCCUGUCAUCCUGCGUCUCUCUGGAAAUCACCAGGAAAAUAUCAGUUUCCGCUUAAUCGACUGUCCUUACUCUCCCCUGGUUCUUGGCCAUCCAUGGUUAAAGCUACACAACCCACAGAUUGAUUGGACCGCUGGAAAGGUAACCACUUUGAGUUCAUUUUGUCACUCUAAUUGUUUACAUUCUAACCUCCCCCCUGCAUUGUCUGUGUCCCAGUUCAUUCCAGAACCUCUGGACCUGUCAUCAGUUACUCCUGAGUAUCACGAUCUAGCUCCUGUGUUCAGCAAGCACCAUGCCCUGUCACUGCCGCCUCAUCGGUCGUACGACUGUGCCAUUGACCUCCAGCCUGCAGCUCCUCUCCCCAGUAGGCUGCAGGACUUAUCAAGCCAUCUUCCUCCCUGGUGGGUGCUGGGUUUUUCUUUGUGAAGAAGGAUGGGUCACUGAGGCCAUGAAUAGACUACCGUGGUCUGAAUAAUAUCACUGUUCAGAACAAGUACCCCUUGCCACUUAUCAGCUCUGCUUUUGUUCCCCUCCAUGGUUCCACGGUGUUUACAAAACUCGACCUCCAGAAUGCCUACCACCUUGUCCGCAUAAGAGACGGGGACGAGUGGAAGAAUGCGUUCAACACACCACUUGGUCUCUUUGAUUAUUUGGUAAUGCCUUUUGUUCUUACUAAUGCCCCUGCUGUUUUCCAGAAUCUAGUCAAUGACGUGUGAGGGAUGUGAUUGGACGCUUUGUUUUUGUCUGUUUAGAUGACCACCAGCAACACGUUCUUCAACGGCUGUUGGAAAAUAAGCUUUUUGUUCAAGCUGAAAAAUGUGAGUUCCAUGCUGACACAGUGUCUUUCCUGGGUUAUAUUAUUGCACAGGGACAGUUACGUAUGGACCCCGCCAAGGUCAUGGCAGUCACAGAGUGACCUGCGCCCUCCAUCCUGAAGCAGCUACAGCGUUUCCUGGGAUUUGCACAUUUUACAGACGUUUAAUCUGCAACUACAGCCGUCUGGCAGCACCUCUCACCACUCUCACCUCCACCUCCACUCCAUUCCACUGGACUCCUGAGGCAGAGGCAGCAUUCCUGGAACUCAAGCGUCGCUUCACCUCCGCUCCGGUCCUUACUCAGCCCAACCCAGAACUCCAGGUCAUCGUGGAGGUGGACUCCUCUGACACCGGGGUAGGUGCUGUUCUGUCUCAAUGUUCCCCCUCUGAUCAGAAGGUCCACCCAUGUGCAUUCUUUUCCCGUAAGCUCUCACCUGCAGAGGGGAAUUUUGACAUCGGAAACCGGGAAACUCCUGGCAGUUAAGCUGGCUCUGGAGGAAUGGUGUCACUGGCUGGCGGGCUCUGUAACCCCCUUCAUCAUGUGGACUGACCAUAAAAACCUGUCCUAUAUCCAGACCGCCAAACGUUUGAACUUCCGGCAAGCCAGGUGGGCCUUGUUCUUCGGUAGAUUCAAUUUCACACUCACUUAUGGCCCCGGUUUGAAGAAUACCAAGCCUGAUGCCCUCUCCCGCCUGUUCACCACUGACAACACGGGUACCGAGCCAGAAGCCAUUGUGCCAUCCACCUGCAUCGUUGCCUCCGUCACCUGGAAGAUCGAGUCCCGUAUCUGCCAGGCUCAGCAGAACCAGCCUGAUCCGGGUAAUGGUCCUAGUAAUGCUCUGUUUGUCCCAGAUUGUGUUCGCUCUGAUGUUCUUCAGUGGGGCCAUUCUACCCACCCCACCUGUCACCCUGGUAUGAACCGGACCCUCGCCUUCCUGCGUCAGCGCUUUUGAAGGGCCACCAUGGAGAGAGAGGUCCGGGAGUUUUUAUCGGCCUGUUCGGUUUGUUCCUGGAACAACACCGCCACUAAACACACUUCCGGUCUGCCUUGCCCUUUUCCCAUACGCAGUCGCCCCUGGUCACACAUAGCUCUGGACUUCGUCACUGGCCUUCCCCCAUCUAACGGUAACUCUGUCAUCCUCACCAUUAUUGACAGGUUUUCCAAAAUGGCUUACUUCAUUCCCCUCUCCAAGCUCCCUUCCACCAGGUAGACUGCGGACCAAUUAGUAUCCCAUGUGUUUCGUCAGCAUGGCAUCCCCACUGACAUCGUUUCCGACAGAAGACCCCAGUUUACCUCCCAGGUAUGGAGAUCCUUCUGUCCAGCUCUUGGUAUCAAUGUCAGUCUUUCUUCUGGAUAUCCCCCCAAGACAAAUGGCCAGACCGAACGGGCCAACCAAGAGAUGGAGACUGUCCUACGCUGCAUGACUUCUGCUAACCCUUUGUCCAGGAGCGCUCAGCUACCCUAGGUUGAAUAUGCCCACAACACCCUCACCAACGCCUCAUCAGGUAUGUCACCCUUCGAGUGUGCUAUCGGUUACCAACCCCCCUUGUUCCCCGCCCAAGAGGUUGAGGUUGCGGUUCCCUCUGUCCAGGACCAUCUGCGCCGUUGUCACCAUACCUGGAGGAAGGCCCGGGCUGCCCUUCUUCGUGGCAUCGAAGAAACUUUCCCCCCGAUUCAUUGGUCCCUCUGAAAUUGACUGUGUCGUUAACCCCUCUGCGAUGCGCCUGAAACUCCCAGCCUCUCUCAGGAUCCAUCCUACCUUCCACGUAUCCCUGAUUAAACCUGUCUGCUCCAGUCCCCUGUCUCUGCCUGCAGCAGCUCCUCCACCCCCUCGGCUCAUCGAUGACCAUCCUGCCUAUACCGUCCGGCGGCUUCUGGAUGUGCGCCGUCGUGGCUGGCAGUACCUGGUGGGCUGGGAUGGAUACGGGCCUGCGGAGCACUGCUGGGUGCCCCGCCAUCACAUUCUGGAUCCUUCCCUCUUACAGGAUUUCUAUACCUCACACCCAGACAAGCCUGGUCAGGUGGCGCCCGUUGGGGGCGGGGGUGGGGUGUACUGAGACAUCUGCUCCUGCAACGCCUCUACUGCUCAUCCUGUGUCUCCUUGACCUGCCGUCACUCCCCCAGUACUCCCUCCCUCUCCGUCUGUCUGUCUCUGUAUGUGUGUGUGUAGAGUCAGAGCAGAUCCCCACCAGCUGCAACCUGUUCCAUAAUCUAGACCUCUACAAAUACUCAGUCCUUCCACACUGCCAGAUCGUAAUCUCUGCUCAGUCAGUCUACGGUUCUAUCCGUUUGUCACUAUUCAGUUCCUGUUGUGCCUGUUUUCCUUGCCUGACGCUGUUUUCCUCUCCGCUACAGUUCUGCCGCUCCGACUCUGGUCCCUGUCUCCAGUCCCACGUCUCGUCAUCCUGCUACUCUGUCCUGGAUUCCCCACUCUACUACUCCCUUGGAUUCCCCUCCGGACCUGCUCACCCUGUCACAACCCCCCUCGCUCCAGCCUCAGCCUCCACACCUGGUUUCCAGCAAUUUCCCCUGACCUGCACUCCAUCUUCCCCCUGUGUUUCAAUAAAUACCUUGGUUACUACAUCCCAGUCUCCUCGUCUGAGUCUGCUCUUGGGUUCCCUGUUCCACUCCGCGUAA